GUAAGCAGUGGCCCACAUUUGCACGUUUCCUCGUUACCGGACUACCUGAGCACCUCCCUGCCCGGGACUUGGGCACGUGAUCGAGACAGCGCAGUCGUCGCGCAGUCUCGUGCAAGGAAGUCAAACAAGUUUUCCAGCUGCCUCGAAACUCGAGCGUCGAUACCGACGAAAAGAAACAAAUGUGAAAGCCUUAAAAAAAGUACAAAAUCAUUUAACCAUGAGUGAACCGGCCAGAAGCUACCGGGGGCAGCGGGAGAGGAACGGAGGCGGAAACCGAAGGGACCACCGUCCCAGACCACCGCCCAGCGACAGGUCAUCAAACCAGCGUCCGUAUUCCAGAAAUACAUCGUAUCCCAAACAUGUAAGAAGUGUCCCUUCAGGAGAAGUACAUGAGUCAAAAUGGACAUACAUCUGCUCCAGGAGGGGUAUUGUGCUGAUAUGUGCAACCUUAACCAAUAUGUUGGUGCUAUUCUGCAUCGUGGCAGCUCAAGUGACAUUGUCAGGCAUGUCGGCAAUGAAUUUUGGCAGCAGCUUUGUUGACACCGUCAUCCCAUUUGAAGGAGUGGAGCUUCAGCAAGUGCGUGAACUCGACAUGCAGUUCGGACAAAUGAGAGCACCAGGAGUCUAUGGGGGUGUGGUCUUCAGCCUCGUUUUUGGUGUCAUUUCACUCUUACUGGUGCUGUCCAGUAACAAGCCUGCCUAUGCGCUUCCCACUAAGCUUCUGAUUGGCCAGUUUGCCUUCCAGGUUAUAGGGGCUGUGGUGUAUGUGAUUGCAGUGGGUUUGUAUCUGCACUUUGUGAUCCAGGUGAACUCGACAGAUGUGUGUGUGAAGCGGGAACGGCUCUAUGCUCGCAAUGGAUACACCUGGAUGAACUGUAACGUGAACGGGGCCGACGCGUCUGUGGCAUUGUUUGGACUCAUAACCAGCCGCCUUGUACAUCCUGGGUUCUGUUCUUACCGAAUUACCCUCCGCAAUGUCAUUCGCUAUCAGGCGCAUUCUCGCCAAGAAGCAGAAGCACCCACAGAGCGCCAUCAUGGCCGGAAGCACACACCUCCAGUCCGACGUAUAUAUCUGAGCCUCACACCAAAAAGGCCAACAGAAAAUUAGGACUGAAUGAAUGCAGUUUUUAUAAGACUCUUCUCUAGUUGUUAUGCCUUAUAGAUUUGUAGGUUUACAUUUUUAUAACAAGCAUGUGAAGUACUAAGCGAGCACUAUUCACUGAUGUCUUUACUGUGCAUGUGCUUUUCUCUAAACCGUGUGUGUUGAAUAAGUAAAGAGCUGAACUGCCUGGUUUUCAGGCAUAGUAAUAUGACUGUAAAAGAUGCUGAAAUGUUUGUUUAAUGUGAGUGGCACAUUAUAGAAGAUUUUAUAUUGAUGAUUCCAUCUUGUCAGUAGAUUUCGUAGUGGUAAUUGCAUCUUUUCGGUAGCUUCACAAAGGAGCUCUGCGGGGUUUGUUUUAUGUGCUUUAUUGUCUUGACAUAUAGGGGGCAGCACGUGCACAUUCAGUCAAACCUACUAUUUUGCCUCCUUGCUAUUAAUAGCCUCAGCCUGCUACAUAUUAUUCUGUUGCCUCUAAAAAAAGUCAAAUAAUUAGGCUGAAAAAUGCUUUAAAGCUAUAUUUUAAGUUAUCAAAAAAUGUUAAAUUUCUCUAAACAGUUCAUAGGUACGUUUCAUAAAAUAGUAUAGCUUAUUUAACAAAAAACUGCAAAGAAAUGGUCUUUAAACUAGUAUGAAGUGAUGCAUUUAAAAUAUGACCUUGUUUUGUGUCCUGCUAAUGUACAGAUACAGUAAGUGUUUUUAAUCGUAAUAAAAACUUGCUAUUGGAGUUUAA